UGUGUGUGUGUGUGUGUGUGUGUGUGUGUGUGUGUGUGUGUGUGUGUGUGUGUCAACAUAAAGGCGACGUUCAGGAGGAAAACUUGCAAUUCACGGCAUGGAGCAGCAGCGGGCAGCUGCGGGGCGUUAGGGGUCUGAACCAGCUCUGAUCCCGGACUAAACCAGGUCUGAUCCCGGGUUUCAUCGAGCCGAACCGGAGCCUCGACGCGCCGCUCGGCUGCGGUCCUCCUGGUUUCCUCCUCCCUGUCCUCCUUUUCCUGCGCGGCUGAAAUCCGAGACCACAUCGGCGCUUUUUCUACCCAGUCUGGUGCCGUUCGGUGGCGCAGGACUCCGAGCAGGAAAAGAGACAUUCAGCUCUUUCUGCAGCGACUCUGAUGUCUCCGACGAGCCGGAGGGAGAGCCCCUAACCCGGGUUACUGACACGAGGGACAGACCUUCCGUCCUGCUUCGGGACACGGAGCGGAUCGGUGGAGAACCGGAGAACCGACCGGGACCAUGGCAGCUCCUCUGUCUGCGGAGGAGGAGCAGGCCACCAGACAGUUCCUGGAGGAGAUCAACCAGUGGACCAGUCAGCACGGCGUCUCCCCGCUGUCCAGAGACCUCGCCGUCAAGUUCCUCAUGGCCCGCAAGUUUGACGUCCUGAGAGCCAUCGAGCUGUUCCACAGCUACAGGGAAACUCGUCUGAAAGAAGGAAUCGUCAGGCUGCAGCCUCAGGAAGAACCUCUGCGCUCCGAGCUGCUCAGUGGGAAGUUCACAGUGCUGAGCGUUCGGGACCCUUCGGGCGCCUCCAUCGCGCUCUACACCGCCAAGCUGCACCACCCCAACAAGACGGGCAACCACGUGGUGCUGCAGGCGCUCUUCUACCUGCUGGACCGAGCCGUCGAGAGCUUUGAGACCCAGAGGAAUGGCCUGGUGUUCAUCUACGACAUGGCCGGAUCAAACUACACAAACUUUGAGCUGGACCUGAGCAAGAAGAUCCUGAACCUGCUGAAGGGGGCGUUCCCCGCCCGGCUGAAGAAGGUCCUGAUCGUCGGCGCCCCCGUGUGGUUCAGAGUCCCGUACAACCUGCUGAGCCUGCUGCUGAAGGAGAAGCUGAGAGAGAGGGUGCAGAUGGUGCGUAUGGCGGAGCUGCGUCAGCACCUCCCCAGAGACUGCCUGCCGCAGCACCUUGGCGGCCUGCUGCCUCUGGAGGCGUUCAGCUGGAACCAGCAGCUGCUGGCGGGUCAGAACGGGCGGGUCGACCCCGUGGACGAGCUGGUGGGAAUCCCCGUGGAGGACGCCUCCGUCCACGUCCCCGGACCCGAGUCCAUGCGCCCGCAGGAGCUGCUGACUCACCUGGGCCGGCUGCAGCGCUCCGGCAUCCACCAGGAGUACGAGGAGCUGCGCUCGGAGCCGCCGCCCGGGACCUUCCACUGCGCCCAAUCGGCCUACAACCAGGAGAGGAACCGAUACGGAGACGUGCUGUGCCUCGAUCAGACCAGAGUCCGCUUGAAAGCAAGAAGGAACGAGAGGUCCGACUACAUCAACGCCAGCUUCAUGGACGGUUACAAACAGAGGAACGCCUACAUCGGUACUCAAGGACCUCUGGAGAAGACCUACGGGGAUUUCUGGAGGAUGGUUUGGGAACAAAACGUGUUAGUUAUCGUGAUGACCACAAGGACGGACGAGGGCAGCCGCAGGAAGUGUGGGCAGUACUGGCCUCUGGAGGACGGGGGGCAGGAGGUGUACGGGCACAUGGCCGUGGUCAACCAGCGGGUGGAGCACCACGCCCACUACAACCACACCACGCUGGAGCUGCACAACACCGAGACGUGUGAACAGAGGCAGGUGAGUCACUUCCAGUACCUCAGCUGGCCCGACUACGGCGUUCCGUCGUCGGCGGUGACGCUCAUCGACUUCCUGGGCGCGGUGAAGCGCCAGCAGAGGAAGAUGGUGAAGGCUCUGGGGCUGCAGUGGGCGGGGCAUCCUCAGGGCCCGCCGCUGGUCGUCCACUGCAGCGCCGGCAUCGGCAGGACAGGGACGUUCUGUGCCCUGGACAUCUGUCUGUCUCAGCUGCAGGACGUGGGCUCUCUGAACGUCUGUCAGACGGUGCGCCGCAUGAGGACCCAGAGAGCCUUCAGCAUCCAGACUCCGGACCAGUACUACUUCUGCUAUAACGCCAUCCUGGAGCACGCCCAGCGCCAGGGCCUGCUGCCGGCCAAUCAGUGAGCUGGGAGCAGACCCCGCCCUGAGUCCUGCAGCGCUGCGUGUUGUGUGACCAACCAGAGUUAACUCCUCUGACGUUAGGCCGUCCUCAGACGAGACGGCUCGGUGUGAAAACAUUCUAUCGAACAUUUCUGCGGCGCUCCGUGUUUCUGCUCCUGGUCAUGUGAUCCACGCCACGCUCUUUAUUUAUGUUCCACUUUAAAGUGACGGUGACGGGACCCUUGAAGGACUUCACCCCAAAAUAAGAGUGAAAUCCUGAUCUGCACAUCCACCACAGCUGAGAGCAAGAACAGCGUUAGCGACAUCUAGUGGCAGCUUCUAGCUGCAGCAGCUGAACAUGUUACAUGUUACAGAUGUUACAGAUGUUA